GCCUGGGUGGAAAAAAGGAAACCCCAAUCCACUCAUUCCACCCUAACAUCCAGAGGGUUCCAUGAGCCAAGAGUCAGAGCCAGGAAGAAUCUCAAGUCAUUUUUAAGUCUUGAGCCCUGUGACCUCCCUGUAGCCUGAUCUUCCAUCACUCUUAGGCUUAGGAAAUUGUCCCAGUUUCUGGCCUGAGCUGACAAUGUUAGCAAACAAAGAAGGUCCUAGGGCUGGGGCAAAAAAUUCAUAAGCUACAGAUUUGCCUGUCUUCCGGGGGAAGAUGCUCCCUACCCCUGCCAGUCUAGGGUCUGUUCAGCCUGUGGCUGCGUGCCUGAGAUUGGAGUACUUGGCUCUUCCUGUCCAAGGGGCUGGUCACCCAGCCCACCAUGCAGUUGGAAGACAGGCCUUUGCAGCUGAUGUUCUUGGCAGCUGAAGGGCUCCCUGGAGGCUGGGCUGGGUGUUUGGGACUGGCCUCAGUUGCAGAAUGUUUUGAGGGUGAGGGCAGACGGUAAGGUAGUGUUACUGCCUGGGCUCUUUGUUACCCAUUUGGAGGGCCAAGCUAGAUCUGUUUGCUACCAAACACCUUUUUCCUAUUAACUAAGCAUCCCGCCCAUCUGAGGAGGAACAGGCUGAGGGCCUGACAAGCAGGGAGCCAGGUUCGUGCCAACAACCAAAGAUUCCCCAUUUCUAAGGGAUGGAAUGAGUCCUGGGAGGUGACCAAGGCCACAGCCAGCCCCUCCCUGUUCAGCAUUGAAGACUGACAUGCGUAAUGGAAUUCAGGAACAGCCUGCAGUGGAAAGUUGGAGCCGAGGGUUGUGGCAGGCAGUUGAGGGAGCAGAGAACUGUGAGAAGAGUGAGACUUAGAAGAUGUGGUGGAGCAUGGCUGUGACACUGCAGUUCCUGGCUUGCCUCAUGGGAUCCAUUUGUCUCCUUGGGGUGACUGCGACCCAGCACCAUGCAGGGCAGCCCAUGGACAGCGCCGGCGUGGGAGGUGGCCUGCAGAAGCCAGAGGCCCCGGAAGUGAUGUUUGAGUUGCUCUGGGCUGGGCUGGAGCUGGAUGUCAUGGGGCAGCUGCACAUCCAGGAUGAGGAACUAGCAUCCACACAUCCAGGCCGCCGACUCAGACUCCUCCUGCAGCACCACGUGCCUAGUGACUUGGAGGGUGUUGAGCAGCAGCUACGGCAGCUCCAGGACCUGCGGAAGGGGCCUCCUCUUAGCCCUUGGGACUUUGAACAUCUGCUCCUCACAGGGCUGUCCUGCGUCUACCGGCUCCACGCAGCUAAUGAGGCUGAGGAGAGGGGUCGUUGGACCCAGGUCUUCACCCUCCUGGCACAGGAAACACUCUGGGACCUGUGCAAAGGUUUCUGUCCCCAGGAGCAGCCCCCAGUGCUGGAGCCCUGGGCCUCCAUCCUUGACCCCUUACCCUAACCUUCCCUUCAUGUGCCAUUCCCCCCUCCAUUUCCCCCAUCUCUCCCAGCUAGACCCAUCCUGGGCAUCCAUCUGGCACCUGGUUCUUCCCACUGUGUUUAGAUCGCUGGGCUUGCAUUGCACCCUUCACACCCCACCCCUGCCAUCUUGUUCCUUGAUAUGCUAAGAGACCAAGCUUCGGGUCCCAGUGAGCAGGUGCAGAGCUAAGGGCAAGACUUGUAGGCAGAGUAUGUGCGUAUGUCCGUGUGUGUGUGUGUGUGUGUGUGUGUGUGUGUGUGUGGGUGGGUGUGGGUGUGUGGGUGUGUGUGUUGGGAUCAGGAGUCAGGGGUCAGGGUUAAGAAACGUGUUUAAGAGAUGCUGAGGCCGGGCAUGGUGGCUCACGCCUGUAAUCCUAGCACUCUGGGAGGCUGAGGCAGGCGGAU